AGGUUCAGACAACUUGAAACCACUACAAGCACACUAGAUGAGGUUUGACACUGUCAAUGACGAGAGAAAGCAAACCUAAAAGAACAACCAUCAAAAACGGACACAAAGACGACUAUAACAUACAAAGAAAUGCUGAGGAACAACACAGGUUGAAAGAAUCUAUGAUCAAAGAAGGGGAAGAUAAAAAAGGUACAAGAAAAGAAAAAGCAAGCAGAAAUAGUGAGAGACGUCAUAGUGGAACUUACAGCUUACAGCACACUUUCACUUCACUCUUGGUCUUUCCAAUACACACAUUCGCAGACAUACUCGUGACAAACAAUGUGCACAGCUCUCAUUUUGGACAUUAGUUUUUAAUCACACGUUGUCUGAUAAAAACAUUAGAUUAUGGGCAACUGUGUCUUCCAGAUCAUCUGUUAUCUUGCUGUUUCUCUCCUACUGUUAUCGCUUAGUGUCAGUGGCACCAAAAAUGGGUCUGAGAUGAAUUGUCAUCCAGUGAUCAGAGUGUCACGAAACACAGUGUUUCUAGCUCCUGUUAUGAGCGUGUUGAAGAUAAACUGUACUGUAACUCUACGUGGAUGUCAAAGGAAACCAAGAGUCUCAUGGUGCAAACUCUAUGGAGAUGAGUGUAAACCUUUAAAUUAUUCAAAUUACAUCAGAACUGAGUGGAAGAACAUCACAGAACAGGAAUCGAUGGCUUUCCUGGUUUUUCUGAACAUCUCAAUGGAGGAUGCUGGUUUCUACAGAUGUAAAGAAGGUGACAUGUCUAUAGGCCAUGCUAUUAAUGUGACUGUGACAGGACAUUGUAUUAUAUUUUUAAUAGAUAAUAAGGUGAAUAAGGUUUCACGCAAUCAAAGCAAUACAAGUAAUUUAGGUCCAACUGAUGAUCUAGAGUGGCUCUGGUCAUUUGUGUACAUCUGCAGUGGAAUAGCAGGGCUGGUGGUGACAGUUAUUACUGUAACAUUGUUGAUCAUCAGAUGCCAAGGGAGAAAAUCAACAAGAUUUAAAAAUGAGUACAUGGAAACACACAUAAGUGAUCUGCCUCCUCUUCCUAAUCCCAAUACCCGUUCCCCUUCUGAUCAGCUGAUCUCUGCUUCAUAUCGUGGCUGUGAAACCCCAACCAUCAGAGGAUCAUCAUCAACUGGAAGAGUUUCAGAUGGUAGACACAAAACUGUUGGCACAGAAAGAGGAGAAGAAGAGAAUGCUCUGGUUUAUGCUUCUUUGAAUCACCAGGCUGCUUCAAGAGGGCCGAGAAGAACAGCACAAUAUGAACCAGAACCUUCAGAAUACGCUGCAAUUCGGUUCCAGUGAUUCAAUUAAUCAUUUAUUGGACAAUUUAAUAAUAAUACUGAGAAAUGAUCAGUUAUAAAUGGUCGCUUGUUUGCUAUUCUUUAUUUAGAAAUACACUCUAUGAUGAGCAAGAGUCCAAGCAUUUGGAAAACUCUUUUUCUGGGUUGCAUAACGCAACUGGUUGCUGAUUUCUCAAAGAUCUAGCAUUCUCAAAUGUACACAUUUUCUGCCCUACUGAAAAAAAAGAAGUAAUAAAAUCAAAUAAUAAAUAAUUAUUAUGGCAAUGAUGUUGUAACUUGUGGACGAUAAGCCCCACAACAAAUUACAACAGCUUGUACAAUGGAUGAUCCUAUGUCUAUAUGUAAUAUGCUUUUUUAUUAAACAUAAGUAGUGUUU